UCUGGUGCCGCAGAGCAGUAGCUGCCGUAAAGCCGAGCGGAGAGCGGGCGGCGGAUGAAGCAGGCAGCGCUAUGGAUUUAACACACAGCGCCUUCAUUAAACUCUUUCUGCUCUUGUACUGCUUAAGCGACAGCAGAGGUCAGUUUGAGAAUCGUCUGAAUAAAUACAUCCGCAACUAUGAGGGCCUGUCCUACGACACCGACUCCCUGCACAGUAAGCACCAGCGAGCCAAAAGAGCCCUCUCUCAUGAGGAUAAAUUCAUCCACCUCGACUUCCACGCCCACGGCAGGCAUUUUAACUUGCGGAUGAAGAGGGAUACCUCUCUGUUUGCUCCUGAUCUGAAGGUGGAAAUCUCCGGAGAGGAGACGCCGUACGACACCUCACACAUUUACACAGGAGAGCUGUUUGGAGAGGAAGGCAGCCUGACUCACGGCUCCAUCGUGGAUGGAAAGUUUGAAGGCUUCAUUCAGAGCUAUCAAGGCACGUACUACGUGGAGCCGGCCGAGCGAUACCUCAAAGAUCGGGACGUGCCCUACCAUUCCGUCAUCUACCACGAGGGCGACAUCGACUAUCCUCAUAAGUACGGCAGGGAGGGGGGCUGUGCGGACCACUCCGUCUUUGAGAGGAUGAAGAAGUACCAAGCGUCUGCGGUGGAAACUCCUGCACAGGAGAAGAACAGACAGCAUGAGGAGCAUGACGAGCGGAUGGAUGGGCCAGUAAUCCUGAGGAAGAGGCGUGCGGCGCAGGCUGAGAAAAACACCUGCCAGCUGUUCAUCCAGACGGAUCACCUCUUCUUCAAAUACUACGGCACCAGGGAGGCUGUGAUAGCGCAGAUAUCCAGCCACGUGAAGGCCAUCGACUCCAUCUAUCAGAGCACAGACUUCCAGGGCAUCCGGAACAUCAGCUUCAUGGUCAAGAGGAUCAGGAUCAACAUGACGGCGGAUGAGACGGACAGGUCCAAUCCAUUUCGCUUUGCUAAUAUCGGAGUGGAAAAGUUUCUGGAGCUGAACUCUGAGCAGAAUCAUGAUGAUUACUGCCUGGCCUACGUCUUCACUGACAGAGACUUCGAUGAUGGAGUCCUGGGACUGGCCUGGGUCGGAGCUCCCUCAGGAAGCUCAGGUGGGAUCUGUGAGAAGAAUAAGCUCUACUCAGACGGUAAGAAGAAGUCUCUGAACACGGGCAUCAUCACUGUGCAGAACUACGCCUCCCACGUGCCCCCUAAAGUCUCCCACAUCACCUUCGCCCACGAGGUCGGACACAACUUCGGCUCCCCUCAUGACUCUGGCAGUGAGUGCACUCCCGGUGAGUCAAAGAUUCAGGAUAAGAAGGAGAGAGGGAACUACAUCAUGUACGCCAGAGCCACGUCCGGGGACAAGUUCAACAACAACAAGUUCUCCAUCUGCAGCAUCCGCAACAUCAGCCAGGUGCUGGAUAAGAAGAGGGGGCAUUGCUUCGUGGAGUCUGGUCAGCCAAUCUGUGGGAAUGGCCUGGUGGAGACUGGUGAAGACUGUGAUUGUGGUUACAGUGAUCAGUGUAAGGAUGAGUGCUGCUACAAUGCAAACGAGCCAGACGGCAGGAAGUGCAAGUUGAAGCCAGAGGCUAAGUGCAGCCCCAGUCAGGGCCCGUGCUGCACCCCUCAAUGUGGCUUUAAGAGCCGUGAAGAGAAAUGUAGGGAAGAAUCAGAGUGUGCUGAACAGGGGAAGUGUAACGGGAUCACGGCUCAGUGCCCCACCUCCAAACCCAAACAAAACUUCACCACCUGCCACGGAGAGACACAAGUCUGCAUCAACGGGGCCUGUUCUGGCUCUAUCUGUGAGCGGUUUGGUCUGGAGAUGUGUACAUGUGCCAUUGAGGAGGGUCAGGAUGAGACAGAGCUGUGCCAUAUCUGCUGCAUGCACAAGAAUCAGCCCAACACCUGCAGAAGUACAGGCUCUCAGGAAUGGGUUGCAUUCUUCGAUAAGAAAGUGAGAACCCUGCAGCCCGGCUCGCCCUGCAAUGACUUCAAGGGCUACUGCGAUGUCUUCAUGAAGUGCAGGCUGGUGGAUGCUGAUGGACCGCUGGCCAGGCUAAAGAAAGCCAUCUUUAACCCAGAGCUGUAUGAGAACAUUGCAGAGUGGAUAGUGGCUCAUUGGUGGGCUGUGCUGUUGAUGGGCAUCGCUCUCAUCAUGCUGAUGGCUGGAUUCAUUAAAAUCUGCAGUGUGCACACGCCCAGCAGCAACCCCAAACUGCCCCCACCUAAACCACUGCCAGGAACUCUGAAGAGAAGGAGAGCGCAGAACCCCAGUUCUCAGCCUAUUCCUCAGCGUCACGCCCGCCAGCCCAAUACUUAUCAAAUGGGGCAGAUGCGCCGCUGAGCCGGACUCUUUGCCUUUGGUUCUUCCUAGUGCCUACAAUGGGAAACACUUCACUCCAAAGAGUUACCUGAACCAAUCGAUGAACCCCAUCCACAAACUCAGAAACUAGCAAAAA